AUGAAUAUUGGUGCUUUGGCAGGUGGUGGGUUACCGGUUGGUAAGCGAUCAAAGGAUGAUGUAGGUUCUCAAGAUUAUUUUAGAGCAAGACCGAUGCCAUCUUAUGCUCUGACUGUUAGUGCUGGCGAUUCGACUGGUGCUUAUGAGAUACCUUUGUUCUCUUUCUAUAAGAAGAGGCAUCCUGGAGAGUGUUGGACCCGUAUCGUAACUCGGGAGAGUGCAAACACGCUCCGAGCUCACAUUCUGGAAGUUUCGAGCGGCUGCGAUGUUUUCGACUGCGUUGCGAGCUACGCUCGGAGAAGGCAGAGAGGGAUAUGUAUACUGAGUGGGAGUGGUACGGUGACCAACGUGAGCAUUAGGCAACCGGCUGCGGCCGGAGCUGUUGUUACUCUUCAUGGAAGAUUCGAGAUAUUAUCGCUUUCGGGUUCGUUUUUGCCGCCGCCGGCGCCUCCGGGAGCCACCAGUUUGGCGAUCUUUUUGGCUGGAGGACAAGGGCAAGUUGUAGGUGGAAGCGUGGUUGGGGAACUGAUGGCGGCGGGACCGGUUAUGCUCAUAGCGUCGUCAUUUACGAAUGUGGCCUAUGAGAGACUCCCUUUGGAAGAUGAUGAUAUGCAAGGCGGCGGUGACGGAGAUGACGGUGAAAAUAACAUGUUUUCUGGUGCCGGAGCCGGUCCGGGUGGGUUGCCUUUCUUCAAUUUGCCACUCCCUAUGCCAUCUAAUGUCCAAUUACCCAUUGAAGCAUGGCAAGGAAACUAGUUGGUACUUAGGCCAAUGCUUUAUUUUAGGUUUUUUUUUUCUCUUUUAAUUUCUUCUUUG